ACUGAGCUGUUCUGCCAGGAGACGCAGAGACUUCAUCCAACGCAGGAACCCAGGAUCACUGGAGCAUGGCAGCAGGAAGAGUCGGCUACAUUCAGGGAGCAGUUUCAGGAAGACUCGGACUCAUGAAGAUGCACGUUUGGCCACUAAACAAUCCACUGGUUCAGCUUAAAAAAAUCAAGGCGGACGGCGGGCAGCGUCCACCCUUCACGGAGCAUGAUGGUCCGCUCUCUCUGUCUCUGCGGGCUUCCACAGGAUCCGUCAGUCUGGAGGUAUUUAUGCCAAAACACACGAGUUUUCUGCUGAAGGAGGGAUGGAGGGAUUCUGGGGAGAAAAGGAGGGGGGAGGAAAGGAUGGAAACCCAAAACAAAACAUAGCAUGAUAGUGUGUAAGCAGUUCCAUGUGUCCGGAGGACUGAUGGAGCGUCAGCCCUCUGCCCUCUCUCUCCUCUCUCUCCUCUCUCUCUCUCUCUCUACCUGCCUCCGUCCCGUUAAAGUGACCAUAAAGACGCAGAAGAAGUAGUUUGGAAUCAGUUGAGUUUAGCCCGGGCUGCCUCUUCUUCUUCUCCUGCUCCUGGUGAUGAUGAUGAUGAAGCCCUAAUUAUACCCAAGGAGGAAAAAAAAAAAGCAGGGAGAAGCGACCCGAGGCGCACGGCGAUGCGGAAAAAAGGCUCAUCAUUCUGCUCUGCUGUGUGUGUGUGUGUGUGCUGUGUUUGAGUGUGUGUGUGAGGGGGUGUGUGUUUUCCCUCUCUGAGCAGAUGACUGCCGCUCACCUUGCCACGGGGUCUGCAUGAGAUUGGUUCAUUGUCAAGGAGCUUUUUUUUUUUUUUUUUUUUUUUUACCCAUGAUUCCAUAUGGUAUGGAGCGGGCUACAUGUUGCCCAACAUGCCAGUGCAAAUGUUUUCUCAAUUAGGUGUCUUAUCUCCGGUGAGCGCACUCGCAUCAGAUGAAGCUUGCUGACAGCGUAAUGGCAGGGAAAACCUCGGAAGGCUCCAUCAAAUGGCAGCUCUGCUACGACAUCUCAGCCAGGACCUGGUGGAUGGAUGAAUUCCAUCCUUUCAUCGAAGCCCUGCUGCCCCACGUCCGGGCCUUCGCCUACACAUGGUUCAACCUGCAGGCCCGCAAGAGGAAGUACUUCAAGAAGCACGAGAAGCGCAUGUCCAAGGAGGAGGAGCGCGCCGUGAAGGACGAGCUGCUGGGCGAGAAGCCCGAGGUCAAACAGAAGUGGGCGUCACGCCUCCUGGCCAAACUGCGCAAGGACAUCCGGCCCGAGUUCAGGGAGGACUUUGUGCUGACGGUGACGGGGAAGAAGCCGCCGUGCUGCGUGCUGUCCAACCCCGACCAGAAGGGCAAGAUGAGGAGGAUCGACUGCCUGCGCCAGGCGGACAAAGUGUGGAGGCUGGACCUGGUCAUGGUGAUUUUAUUCAAAGGGAUUCCCCUCGAAAGUACUGACGGGGAGAGGCUGGUAAAGUCUCCUCAGUGUUCGAACCCCACCCUGUGUGUGCAGCCACAUCACAUUGGAGUUUCAGUCAAGGAGCUGGAUCUCUACCUGGCCUAUUUCGUGCACACAGAAGCCAGCCAAUCAGAAAGCCCCAACCAGGCCAGCGAAUCAGAUAUCAAGGAACAGCCAGAGAACGGUCAUCUCGGUUUUCAGGACAGCUUUGUGACACCCGGCGUCUUCACGGUGGCCGAGCUCGUACGAGUCUCUCAGACACCAAUCGCAGCCGGUACCGGUCCUAACUUCUCAUUGGCCGACCUGGACAGCUCCUCUUACUACAGCAUGAGUCCAGGAGCCAUGAGGAGACCGCUGCCGAGCACCUCCUCCUCCAGCUCUGCCAAGAGGAUAAAGUGUAUGGAAGAGGACGUGGACAGUCCAGGUGAGGAGUCCUACUACCCCAGUCAGGGUCGGUCUCCGGGCAGUGGCAGCCAGGCCAGCAGCUGGCACGACGUGGAGCCAGGGAUGCCGUCGCCCGCCGGCGUUCUAAAGAAGUCAGAGAAGUCUGGUUUCUGCGGCGCCGUGCCUUCGCUGAGCGGCGCCUCCUCCGCCUCCACCUCCUCCUCUUCUUCUUCCUCCUCUUCCCCCCGAACGGCUUUCACACACCAUCACCGGCCCGUCAUUACCGGGCCUCGAGCGAGCCCCCAUGCUCCCCCCUCCAGCCUCCACUUCUCCUCCUCCCCCAUCCUGCAGCAGCCCGGCUCCUACUUCUCCCACCCGGCCAUCAGGUAUCACCCGCAGGAGACGCUCAAGGAGUUCGUCCAGCUGGUCUGUCCUGACUCCGCCCAGCAGGCCGGACAGGUGGGCUUCCUCAACCCCAAUGGUAGCUCCCAAGGAAAGGUCCACAACCCUUUCUUGCCGACGCCCAUGCUGCCUCCCCCUCCGCCUCCCCCGAUGGCCCGUCCCGUCCCGCUGCCCGUCGACGCCAAGCCGCCCUCCACCUCCUCCACCGAGGGCGGAGGCAACUCGCCCACCUCGCCCACCUACUCCACCCCCACUUCAUCUCCAGCCCAGCGGUUCGUCAGCGUCGGACCCAGAGACCCCGGCUUUAACAUCCCUCAGCAACCACAGUGGUACCUGGGAUAAAGACUCCAGAGGCCCCUCCCCCCUCCACCCACCUGUACGACAGAUCGCUGCAGCCUCCUCCUCGACCUUUGACCUUUGAUGCCAGCUGCGACAGAGAGUCCUUUCUUGCCCCGCCCCUACAACCCUCAUCCUCCUCCCCCCUCUGCGCCUGACUCCACCCCCACCAGCGCCAUACACAGACUCAGCAGCAUCAGCAUGGCUACAGCGGAUCAAACGCACCCCAGCCCCGGUGUUAAACACACACUCUAUAAACUGUACGUCAUAGACUUCCCUGUAGACAUAUGGUUCAUAUGUCGAUGUCCAUAUAUAGUGCCAGACCCUGCCCCCCCUCCACCCCCCACCCCAAA